GAGUUUUUCCCUGUUUCAUUAUUGGGCAUAUGCCCUUGAAUACACACUUUAAUAUUUAACUGAAUUGGUCAAAUGAUUAUUUUUAUCCUCACUUGACUCUAUACUGUGCUAGCUGCCAAUUUUAUAAGAUCCAAAUUCAUGUCAUUAUCUUAAUUUUCUCCACCGGGUGAUGAAAACAAGGAAACUUAGUUUGCAGAUGGUGGACUCUGUAUUUGCUAGGUUCCCUUCCAACAUUUCCAUACAGUUUUUGGCAUCUCUCGCGAACUGUUCAAACUAGUGUCCUUCACGUCUAUAAAGUUUUGAUGGACAACAGCUGCGUUGUAGGUUUAUCAUCUGCAUAAACCUUCUAUUCUUGAGCACCUAAGAAGGUUUGCAGUUUUAACAUGGGGUCAAGUAGAUCUGAUGUUGCAGGAAAAGAGCGAUUAAAAUGGACACAAGAACUGCAUGAUCUCUUUGAAAAAGCAGUCAAUCAGCUUGGAGGUCCUGAUAGGGCGACGCCAAAGGGUAUCUUGAAAGCUAUGGGGAUCCCCGGACUUACAAUCUACCAUGUUAAGAGUCAUCUUCAGAAAUACAGGAUAUCGCAAUUUGUUCCAGAAACACCCAACAAAAGCAAGUUCGAGAGGAGAAGUAUAUCAGAAAUAUUGCCAAACUUCAGUGCAACUGCCGGAGCUCAGCUCAAUGAAGCGUUACAAAUGCAAGUCGAAGUGCAGAGACGAUUGAGUGAUCAACUUGAGGUUCAAAAAAAUUUGAGGUUGAAAAUCGAGGCACAAGGUAGAUUCCUUACAAAAAUCGGUGAGGAAUAUAAAACCAGGCCUGACAUUAACGCAAAGCCUAGCAAGUCCUUCUCUCCAGUCUCACUUCCAUCCCUCUGCGACGAGUCAGAGUCUGACAACAAAGAACCAGCUGAAUCCGACUCAGACAUCGAAAUAUAUGACACACGUACUACUGACACUUCCCGGGGUUCCAAGAGGCUCCGGGUUGAUCAGAAAGACGCGUCACCACAGAGACAUAAAAAACUCACUCCAGAAUCCUGCGGACAACAAGGCAUGCUUGUGCCUAAACCCCCGAGGACACAAUGCGAGCCCCCUGAAUUCGGCUCUCCAUGGAAUGCUGUUGUGUACUGCCAGGCACCUCUAAUGCCAGCUGCUUCAUACGGUUCUUUUACCUAGUUGGUUUAUCCUCUGUUGUCCCAGGUUUCGACCCUGGCUCACCUCGAGAAUAUCUGAGAACAGAUACUCAAUUGUAAGGAUAUAAACAAUAUUAGUCAAAAAAAAUAAAAAUAUAGAUGUAACCAUCUUGAUAAAAUAAGCACAGAUCAUAACUACAUGGUCUGUGCUUUGAUAUCAAGAUGACUCUGCCUCAAAAUCUGCAGCAUGCAUCUCUGUAACAAAUGCACACACAUUAUAUUAUAAGUACUUGUGUUCAAAACAAGAAUUGGAAUGAUAUAGUGAGAUUGUAUUGGAAUCUGAAACAUAAACAUUUGACUGUUGCAUGUGUCAUUUUAUCUUUUUCGCAUCUUCAUUGGUUGUAUGCGGAUUUAUCAAUGUCAUUUUCUAGAAAAAUACAAAGGGUGUGAUGGGCCAGAAAUCUGACAAUAUCUGUUUGGACAAAUAAGCUUGAUGGCAAAAUUGUUGAGUUGUAGGCUGCUCAUGUUUAUUGUUUUAUAAGUAAUUGUCAGGAGAGCAUUGUUUAAGAGGUAAAUCUGAAGAUGAGAUGAUUCACUGGUCCACGA